AUUGGCCGGUUUCUCUGCACCUGCUCAACCCUCCAGCCAAUCACGCGCUCCGCUCUGUGUGCUCCAAGAUGGCGGCUUCCAGUACUCGCAUCAAACUCGGUCGCGUUUGAAAGCUGAAGAAAACCCUCAACCGGAGGUUUAAAACCGUGAGGAGGUAGACCAGGAAGAGCCGAGCGGAGACACGACACCGACAGUUCACACGGAGACGGUUUCCCCAUGGUCUGCGGGAGCUGGGAACCGGUGUCGGUGUCGCUGUGACGGGGGUUGUUAUCCGAGUAUGGCCACCGAGAACAGGAUCAAUUUUUGGAGGAGAAACGCAAAGGUUCCCGGAAGUGUUCAACCAGUUUAUGGAGCACAGCAUCCCCCUCUCGACCCUCGGUUACGACGCACGUAUCCCAAAGAAACAAAGCCCAAAUUCAACAAUCUCAAGACUAAAAAAGCAUCCAGCUUCCACGAGUUUGCCCGCAGUACAAAUGAUGCCUGGGACAUCGACGAUGAGGAGGAUGAGGAUUUCCUCUCCCCUGCUUCGUCUCUCCCUUCAGGCCUGCACUCUGGGUCCUCUCAGAAUCAGCAGCAGCAGCAGAACGAGGUCAGUGACUCAGAGACCGGGGUCUCACACAGACCGGCCCCUCACAGGACAGAAGCUCCGACCCUGCAGGAGGAAGAGGAGGAUGACGACGAAGAGUGUGAGCACAUCAACGGCAAGGUGGUCAAAUCGAGCAGCGACGCCCACCUCAGCACGUCCUCAGUUCGCUCCACGCUGCAGAAGCAGCAGUCUCUCCCGGUCCGUCCCAUCAUCCCUCUGGUCGCUCGCAUCUCAGACCAGAAUGCAUCCGGAGCUCCACCCAUGACGGUGCGAGAGAAGAGCCGGCUGGACAAAUUCAAGCAGCUGCUGGGGAGUCCCAACACUGACCUUGAGGAGCUCAGAAAGCACAGCUGGUCGGGAAUACCAAGAGAGGUCCGGCCAAUCACCUGGAGACUCCUCUCUGGUUACCUUCCGGCCAACAAGGAGCGCAGGGAGCUGGUGCUGCAGAGGAAGAGGGAAGAGUACUUUGGCUUCAUCGAGCAGUAUUAUCACUCCAGAACAGACGAGCACUUUAAAGACACAUACAGACAGAUCCACAUCGACAUUCCCAGAACAAACCCUCUGAUCCCUCUGUUCCAGCAGCCGGCUGUGCAGGAGGUGUUUGAGCGAAUCCUCUUCAUCUGGGCAAUCCGUCACCCGGCCAGCGGAUACGUUCAGGGGAUCAAUGACCUUGUCACACCUUUCUUCGUCGUCUUCCUGUCUGAGUUUGUCACCGAGGACGUGGAGAACUUUGAGAUGGCAGCUCUUCCUCUGGAAACGCAGAGAAACAUCGAGGCUGACAGCUUCUGGUGCAUGAGCAAGCUGCUGGACGGAAUACAGGAUAACUACACCUUCGCUCAGCCAGGGAUCCAGAAUAAAGUAAAAGCUCUGGAGGAGCUCGUGAGCAGGAUAGACGAGGACAUCCACAAUUAUUUCAAGAGGUACGAGGUGGAGUAUCUGCAGUUUGCUUUCCGCUGGAUGAACAACCUGCUGAUGAGGGAGCUUCCUCUCCGCUGCACCAUCCGUCUGUGGGACACCUACCAGGCUGAAGCAGAAGGUUUCUCUCACUUCCACCUCUACGUCUGUGCAGCUUUCCUCAUCGAGUGGCGGAAAGAAAUCCUCUCCAUGGUUGACUUUCAGGGCCUUCUUAUGCUACUGCAGAACCUUCCCACAAUCCACUGGGGUAACGAGGAGGUGGGUCUCCUGCUGGCUGAAGCUUACAGACUGAAGUACAUGUUUGCAGAUGCUCCCAGCCACUACAAGAGAUAGAAACUGACUCACAGCACAAACAGACUUUACAUUUCAGACUGAGCGAUGGGGACCUGAUGGAGACCUAGUGGAGACCUGAUGGAGACCUCAUGGAGACUCUCUGAGGUGUACCUGAGCAGCGUCUCCAUUUCCUCCUCUGAUCUUUGUGGGAAAAAAACAAGUCCAGUGAAUGCCUCACUGGUGUUGUGUUCAUGGUGCACACAGAGCUCAGACACCAUGAGACUCUUAUUGUGAAAGGACUGUUACAGUACGAAUAACCACAGCUGGAUUAGUCUUAUUGUUUUGGCUCAUACAGCCCUGAUUGUAUGCUCAGAAGAACACACUGUCACAUGACGGGAUGGUGAAUGUUUCCGAGUUCAUCCUUUUCUUUUAUUUGAUUAGUUUGUUUUUUCAGAUUUGAUGAUGAUAUGUUUUAUGAGGGAACAUUUUAUAUGUAACCAAGUUAUUUUAACUGAUAAGUCUGACACUGUAAACUGUUGGAAAUAACAUGUCCCUGAUUAGAGAGUCAACGUAUGAUCUUUGGUUUAGGGUCACAGAGUCUGACCCUGCACAAUCAACUUAAACAAGCCCUUCAUUUGGACAUCAGUUAGUUUAAUCCUUCCCUCUGUGAUAUUUUAGGUCGUUCUAUGGCAUAAUAUUAAUUCUAAAAAAACUGGGAAGCUGUUUAAUAUUGUAAGUCAAAAUAAAUGGCGAGUAAUUCACAAUAAGGGUAUCUUUACAAAAACAAGAAUUUGUUUAACCUUGAGGAACCUCAAAUAUUUUGUCCUUGAACUGUUUUGAAUUUAGAUAUAUGUAAAAAAGGAUUCUUCAUUCUGUUUUUGGAAUCAAUGUUGUACCCCCUGACUGUAUUUUAAGAUGGAUAACCUCUCCUCACCUCCUCCUGAGGUACAAGAGUAAAGCCAGAAAACCGCUGUGAGUCAGUGAGAGUCCGAACAGAUUCUUGUGUGGGUUUGAAGUACUACUGUGGUAAUCCGGUACAUACAGCGCUGCAGGAUCCUCAUUGGUCAAUACAUCUGUCAAUUGUGGUGUGUGGAAAGAGGGUCCCACCCCUUUGAUUUCAGAAUUCCAAGAGAAAAGUCAAAAUUCUGGAGAAAAGUUGUCUAAAAUAGGAGGCGGGGCUUGUGACCAACUGCAGAGGGAGCUCUGAGUCUGGCUUCACUCUUACGGAGAUGUCAUGUCAUCCAUCUUUUCAUACAGUCUGAGGUCGGACCACAGAGCAUCAGAUACUCAUGUCUUUUUUUUCCGGGUGUUUUGGGUGAAAGAAGGAAAAACUGAUUUUGAUCAGAUUUCCUUUUUUGUGAAUUUUCCUCUGAUGCAUCAAAAGUAGUCAAACCACAGAAACCUUGAACCUGCUGGUUAAUGUAGCUUUGAAAUUCCCUCUUAGUCUCUCAGCUGACAUAGCUUUACUUUAAUUUUAGAAGUGAUUAAGAUAAAUCUAAUGUCUUAAAUUUUAGACGCUGAAAUACGUUAGUUUUAGAUUUAGGAGUAUCCUAUCAGUCACACUGCUCCUGAACUUGACUGAACUGAGCGUGGUAGUGUUAAAAUGAUUCAAUGCUGACCUGUGAAGUAUCUGGUUAGAUACCUGUUGACACUGUAAACGUAGUUGAAUAUAUUUUAAAGAUAGAGGAUGAGCCUCCUUCAGUGUUUGUCUGUACUCCAUUUUACUUGAGACAGUCCUGUGGACGCCGUGCAGCUCAGAGGGACGAUGAUGCCUUUGUUUUGUUCUAAAGUGAAAAAUGGAUCAGUACCUGUGUUAUCUUUAACUUCAGGUCAGACGUGAUGAUGAACAUGUGUGUGUUAUGACUCAUCUACCUUCAUUUCCAGUGAUGACUAUAACACCGUGUGUGUUAUGUGAAGUAUGACAAUCAUUAGCUUUGGUACUUGUUCUGACAUCUCUUUUGAUUUUAGUUUGUUUAUAGAGUUUAAAAUCAGGAUUUAAUGAGCUCACUCUGGCUCUCCCCCUCGUAGAUUAAAACAGUUAAUUUGGAAACCUUUCAUGGUAAGAAGUAGUCUUCAUGAAUAUCAGGAUCAGUUCAGUCUGUCUGAAUGUGCAGUCUAACUGUAGCCUGCAGCCUGAGCUACGUCACGGUGUUAUCUUCGGUGUGGUGUUUAAAGACUCUUCAGUAGAAUCAGAGAUUUAGAGUUCUGUUGUUUUUGCAGAGAUUAUUUCUGCACAUGUUGAAUGUCUCUGUGUUACACUUUGUUCGCCUUUAGCCUUAAACUGGUUUCCUUCAUUCAGGUGAGCCGACUGAUUGUGUCUCUACCUUCCAGGUGUGUUUCACGUCAUGCUGUUUUCAUAUCCUCAGAUCAUGAUGGUGGUGUUAACUGAAGGCUGUGUUCAUGCUGUUUCAACAAUAAUACGCCAAACCUGUUUUAGAGUGCAUCGUUAGCUUCAGCCUGAUGAAGAGUCAUUAAAUUAUUACAGUACCUGCUGUAUAUUAACUUUCUGUUUAUAUUAAACGAUUGUAAUUCUUCA